CAAUCUCGCCGGCUUCGGCGGCGCUAUCUCGCAUUAAAUUUACAUUUGCGUCGCACUUGCUAUAAAUACGGAUUGUGUAAGCAAAAUCGGGAGCUGUUCGUUGAUCAUCCACCCGUGCGUGUUCCAGUUCGCCUGGAGAUUCGGUAUUCGCUCAUAAACUGAACGCGUGGAUAUAACAUGACAUAACUUGUCAGCCACACCGACUUAGAGAAAAGUGCCUAUUACUUACCUACCACCACCCUUUAAUUAUUCACAUCCACUGGUAUCACGAGAGGUGAAUCAUGGUGUCUGUUAAUGAUACAUCGUUACUGAAGGCCAUCAUAGACGUGAUUGGUUUUCUGGUGAUCUCGAUCGGUUUCUGCCUACGCGCCAUCAUCAAGCAGGUUCUGCCGCAGACCUACCGCAAGAAAUGUGAGGGUGAGGUGGCGCUUAUUACAGGCGCAGGGAGCGGCAUUGGGCGGUUGGUCGCCAUGCGUUUGGCGGCCCUCGGCUGCGUCGUGAUCGUGUGGGACAUCAACGAAAGCGGUAUCGAUGAGACUGUUAAAUUGAUCAAGGCUGCUGGCGGCAAGGCUCACGGUUACAAAUGUAAUAUCGCUGAUCGCGAAGAAGUCUAUCGUCUUGCUGCCCAGGUUGUUAAAGAAGUUGGCGAGGUAACUAUGCUGAUUAACAAUGCUGGCGUUGUUUCCGGCGAGUUCCUACUGAAGACUCCUGAUCACAUGAUCCAAAGAACUUUCGACGUCAAUAUUGUGGCGCACUUUUGGACUACAAAAGCGUUCUUGCCAAAAAUGAUCGAAAAGAAUCACGGCCACAUUGUCACCAUCGCUUCAAUGGCUGGUCAUGUGGGAAUCGGUAAAUUGGUGGAUUACUGCUCGUCGAAACAUGCCGCUGUUGGUUUUGAUGAGGCGUUGAGGGUGGAACUGGAAGCACAAGGAAUCAGAGGCGUGAAGACGUUAUGCGUCUGCCCGUACUUCAUCCAGGCGACCGGCAUGUUCGACGAUGUCUUCUCGCGAUUUUUGCCGCGUUUGAAGUCGAACGACGUCGCCGAUCGCAUCGUGUUGGGCAUCCAGCGCGAGGAGGUGCUCGUGAUGCUGCCAGGCGUUUUCCGGUAUCUGUUUUUCCUGAAAUGGAUGCUGCCAUGGGGCGUCAUUUCAAUGUUUUUACGCAAUUUGGUGCCAGAUGCUUCGCCGCACUCUCCAUCGCCUACAGUUGAGGCGAAGAAGGUGCCGGCGAUGCCUGCCAAGCGCAACGGGAAUGUCGUCGAGCAGACCAUAAAGCAGCGCGUCGUCGAGCGUCAGCCCUCUUACCGCAUCAAAAACAUGGGAUUUUUAAAGUACGCCCGGCGAAGUUUUUAUAACAUCGUCGCUUCUAUCUGGGAGCUUGUGGUCGUUGGAUGGUUGACAUUUUAUUAUACAACCGAAUCGACGGUUAAAUUCCUUACGCCCAACUUUUUGCGUGCUCAGAAAAGUCUGAAAGAUAAAGUUGUGGUUGUUACGGGAGCGGCGGGCGGUGUUGGACAGGAGUUGACGUUGAGAUUGGCCAGGAUCAAGGCGAAGGUAGUGGCGUGGGAUAUUAACGAAGCAGCAUUGGAGACACUGAAAGAGAAAUGCGAGGAGGAAGGUUACAAAAUCUUCACUUAUGUGGUAGACAUAUCCGAUCGACGCAAUGUUUAUAAAAACGCUGAUCUGGUCAAGAACGAAAUUGGCACCGUUGAUGUCUUGAUUAAUAAUGCUGGAAUUGUGACAGGAAACACUUUCCUCGAUUGUCCAGAUCAUAUGAUCGAGAAAACUUUUCAAGUCAACAUGCUUUCACAUUAUUGGACAACCAAAGCAUUCCUUCCUGAUAUGCUGAAAAAGGGUAAAGGGCACAUUGUGACGAUGAGUUCGUUGACUGGCAUGCUGGGUACUUAUAAAUGUACAGACUACAGUGCAUCGAAAUUUGCCACAAUGGGUUUCCAUGAAAGUCUUCUCACCGAAUUAAAGAGUCAUGGCCAUCAUAAAAUAAACAUGACUUUGCUUUGUCCGUAUUUUAUCAACACGGGCAUGUUUGAUGGCUGCAAACCGAGGACAUUCCCCAUGCUGGCACCUAGAGAUGUGGCAAAGCGGUUGAUUACCGCCGUGCGUAGAAAUGAAGUAUUUGUGACGAUGCCAGGAUGGGCACGAUAUAUCUUGCCGUUGAAAAAUUUCGUACCUUCGAAAUUGGCAUGGGCUGUCACAUACCGCUUGCUGAAGCAUCCUCAAGCAAUGAUGGGUAUGCGACCAUAUGAGGAAACAGUUAAAACUAUUACAACCGUAUCCGACGCUGUUGCCGCCUAGUAUCGAGCGUCUUUCUAUAAAUAAUUUUUAUACAUAAGUUUCCACGUUUUCGUUAUUCAGUAUUUAUUAUUCAAUACUUUAGCAUGCGUUUGAUUUAGUACUGAUAUAAUUGGAGAAUAUAUAAAUAAAUUUCAAGACUGACGAUAGGGA